AUGAAGAUAUAUUAUAUUGGUGUAUUCCGUAGUGAUGCUACAAAAGCCUUAGAAUUAACUGAAGUUAAAGAUCUUUCACAAUUUGGUUAUUUUGAACGUAGCAGUGUUGCCCAAUUUAUGACCUUUUUCGCAGAGACUGUUGCUACUAGAACUUCAUCAGGUCAAAGACAAAGUGUUGAAGAAGGUAACUAUGUUGGUCAUGUAUACGCUCGUGCAGAAGGUAUUUGUGGUGUAUUGAUUACUGAUAAAGAAUAUCCAGUGAGACCUGCAUAUACCUUAUUAAAUAAAGUAUUGGAUGAAUACUUAGUAGCUCAUCCUGCGGAGAGUUGGAAGGACGUUAGUGCUACAAAUGAUUCACUAAAGAUGAAUGAAUUAGAAGGUUAUAUUACUAAAUAUCAAGAUCCUGCUCAAGCCGAUGCAAUUAUGAAAGUUCAACAAGAAUUAGAUGAAACUAAGAUUGUAUUGCAUAAAACUAUUGAGAAUGUUUUACAAAGAGGUGAAAAAUUAGAUAAUUUAGUAGACAAAUCAGAAUCUUUAAAUGCUAGUUCUAAAAUGUUUUACAAACAGGCUAAAAAAUCUAAUUCAUGUUGUGUCAUUGUGUAA